AUGGGUCGCGAACUCCAGAAGAAGAAGAAUAGGUCGUCGAUACCUAAGCGCCGCCAAAACCCGAAGUCGAAGAAAAAGAUACUUUCCAACCCAAUCAUUGCGGCGAACUGGAAUCAAAAGGAGACUCUGUCGCAAAAUUACCGCCGACUUGGAUUGACUGCGCGUCUCAAUCAUUCCACAGGUGGUACGGAGAAAUCAAUCAAGCUCCUCGGCCUCAACGAUCCAAACUCCUCCCGCGCCGAUGCAGCCGCAGACAGCACCGCCAACAAGUUGAACAUCGUGAGCACCGCCCCAAAAAUAACUGGAACAGCUGAGAUCGAGGUCGAACGCGAUCCGGAAACCGGCGCGAUUUUGCGAGUCAUCGGCGGAGACGAACCUAAUGACAAUCCCCUCAACGAUCCUUUGAACGAGCUCGAGGACAGUGAUCCUGAGGAGUGGAAUGGAUUCGCUAUGGUUCCAGAGGGCGUGAGUGACAACCCAGUCGUGAGGCAGUUGGAGGAGCAAGCGAGGAAUGGUGUAAGGAAAGCGCCACGAAAGCAGAGCCAGAGGGAAGAGGAAUGGAUUGAAAGUCUAGUGAAAAAGCACGGAGAGAAUUACAAGAAGAUGGCCUGGGACCGAAAACUGAACCCAAUGCAGCAGACUGAGGCUGACAUCCGAAAGAGGGUCGCAAAGUGGAAGGCUGCACAUGCGGAGGAUUAA